AUGGGAACCACUGGAUCUCUUGAGAUUCUAGAAUGUAGACGCCGGAUUCCUGCAGGUUCAGAACAUAAUGCUACCAGACGUAUGAUCGGUAGGGAACUUAAGCACAGCCUUCGGGAUGAUCGAAAAGCUUGGUGGUCUCAAAAAGCGCAAGACAUGGAAAACGCCAACAAUAGCGGUAACUUGCGCAGAUUAUUCCAGCUGAUCCGAUCCACGGGACCCAGAAAGCUUGGGGUGAGCGAGACCGUCUGUGAGAAGAACGGUACUCUCAUCACUAACAGAGGCCGCCGUCUGGAGUGCUGGACGGAACACUUCAAAGAUCAGUUUAGCUGGCCAAGCGUGAGCGCCCCGCUGGAGAUGUCUUCGCAAACGGAUGUAUGGACCACCAAUUUAGAACCGCCCACUGAGGAAGAAAUUGUAAGCUGCAUCAACUCUAUGAAGCGCUUCAAGGCUGCCGGACCCAACGAGGUAUCCCCAGCUCUUUUCAAAGACGGUCUGGGCGUCUUAACCCCAGAACUCGUGCACUUGUUCAAGGUAAUCUGGGAGGAGGAAAGCGUUCCAGAAGCAUGGGGUGACUCGAUUAUCAUCCCAGUGUACAAGAAAGGCACGCGUGGUGAUUGUGCCAACCACCGAGGCAUUAGCCUCACACCAGUUAUAAGCAGGCUGUUAGCCGCUCUUUUACUGCGGCGACUCACCCCAGAUAGAGAAAAGUGUAUAAGAGAGGAGCAAGCGGGAUUCAGACCCGGUAGGGGCUGCAUUGACCACAUCUUCACCCUUCGACAGAUCCUAAAGCAGAGACGUGUACAGACAACCGACCAUCGCCGUAUUCUUGGACUUCAGGGGAGCAUUUGA